GAAGCAUCAAAGCGAAGCUCCAAUUUUUUUUUUUUUAAUUCUUUUUUUGAGGAGAAAAAUCGAAGGGACGAAGGAGAAGAGGAAGAGGGGGAGCAACAAAUCGAGUUAUAGAGAAUGGAGAGGUGAAUUUUUUUGGGGAAUAAUAAAGGAGAUAAUUGUAAUAAUAAUAAAUCGAAGAGAGAGUGCUCUUCCUCCUCUAUAUCCACUCAUUGUGGAUUUUGGGGUUUGAUAGGGGUCGUUGUUUCGCCUCCUCCGAAUUCUUGAGCUUCGCGAAUCUGGUUACAAAUCGGCCGAUAUGUUGGAGGGCCAAUCUUGCUUGAUCAGGGCAUUGCCGAGCUCCUGCGAGCACGAAUCCAAGUGGGUGUACAUGACCUACCAGCUCCUCGAGAUCACGAGCAACAAAUGCCCGCCAAGUGCUGGAUUUGAUGAGCAAGAUCACGCCUUUCUCCCCAAAAGAUUGAAAUUGCCGAAGAAUUCAGAUCCCCUGGCAGAUCAGUCUGAUUGCCAGGGCAAUCAUGGUGGCGGCAGCCGCUACUCUGAUUCGACCUCCCUUAUCAAUCCUAUAGGCCGCGACAACUCUAUUAAUUGUCUACUCCGUUGUUCGCGCUCCGAUUAUGGAGCCCUAGCUUGCCUUAACCGAGGCUUCCGGUCACUUAUUCAGAGCGGCGAGCUCUACAGGUUACGGCGCCAAUUAGGGAUUGUCGAGCACUGGGUUUACUUCUCGUGCAAUGUCCUCGAAUGGGAGGCGUAUGAUCCAAACAACGGGCGGUGGAUGACCCUCCCCAGGAUGCCCCAUAAUGAGUGCUUCAUGUGUUCGGAUAAGGAGUCGCUAGCGGUGGGCACUGAGCUCCUUGUUUUCGGAAAAGAAAUCCUUUCUCAUGUAGUGCAUAGAUAUAGCAUUCUAACAAACUCUUGGUCUCCUGGUAUUGAGAUGAAUUCUCCUCGGUGCUUGUUUGGAUCAGCUAGCCUUGGAGAGAAAGCAAUUGUAGCGGGCGGUACAGACGUUUUCGGGAAUAUUUUAAGCUCCGCGGAGCUGUACAAUUCUGAGAUUCGAACUUGGGAGACUCUUCCCAGCAUGAAUAGGCCUCGGAAAAUGUGUUCUGGUGUUUUUAUGGACAGGAAGUUCUACGUGAUUGGCGGAAUGGCUAGCAACACAGAGUUGCUAACUUGUGGGGAAGAGUUUGACUUAGAGAAGGGUACUUGGAGGGUCAUACCGAACAUGUCCAACGGGCUUAAUGGGCCUAUGGGCGCACCCCCUCUUGUUGCGGUUGUUAAUGACGAGUUGUAUGCCGCGAGCUAUGCAGAGAAGGAGGUGAGGAAGUAUGAUAAAAAGAACAAUAGUUGGAUAACCUUAGGGAAACUGCCGGAGAGACCAGAUUCGGUGAAUGGCUGGGGAAUCGCAUUUAGGGCGUGCGGGAAUAGGCUUGUAGUGGUCGGUGGGCCGAGAGCAUUGGGCGGUGGGAUGAUCGAACUCCAUUCGUGGGUCCCAAGGGAGGGCCAGCCGGAGUGGGACAUGAUCGCUAGCAAGCACUGCGGGAGCUUCGUCUAUAACUGCGCUGUGAUGGGCUGCUGAUUUUUUAGGGCUCUACUUGUGCAAAAAAUUCAUUUAUUGAGGGGCACAUAAUACUAAUUCUGCUUAAUGGGUAAUCUCUGCCUUAUUUUUGAUGUUUCAGAUUUUACUCAACAUUCGGUAGGCUCGCUUCCGUUCCUUGUUCUCUUGACCAUUUAUCUUUCUUUGUUCUUUUGCGCCAUUUAAUUUGGAUCAAAGACUUUUAACUUCUUACUCUGUAUUCUGUUGGAAUGGGGAUUUCUGAAGAUAGAUCAUGCAUUUAGCGGUGAAUUGUAAAACGAUGUAUCCUCCAUUUGUAGAUUGUUAUUCGAUUCUAGAUCAAGAUUAUAAACUUCUUAGCUGUACUGUUGUGCUAUAUCAUUGUUGUCUGGUUUGUUGAGGGAAAAUAAAUGGUCGCUUUUAUGUACUCCUUUUUGGCCACAGAAUGUGGUCUAUUAGUCAUUGAACUUUUAUCAUAUUUGCAUCUUAUGUUGCUUUGAUGCCAUCACGUCUCGGAUUUGGUCAUGUAAAAUAUUCAGUUGAUUGUAUUAAAAACAACAGUGACUUAAGGAGAAGUGAUCAUUUCUGUCAA